AUGGCUGACCAGUACAGUAUGUUUCUCACCACGGCGCCCCCCCUGCGGCGAGGAAGCACACCCCUGCCUGUCAAACACCAGCUGCGGAGGGAAGAGGCUGUGUCCGAGGACUGCGAUUGGAUGCCGGGCUUGGAGCAGUCUGCCACGUCGCCCAUCAGUGACACAGCGGUGGCUCGGGAUGAGUCCCUCGGCCAAUCGGCAGCUGCACAGUCAACUUAUCGCAGCCACGGCGGAGCUUUGAGAAUAGUACUGCUGGGACAGAACGGCGUGGGCAAGUCGUCGCUGGCCUUAUCUCUGGCCGGGCAGUCCGACAGAUCCCUCUCUAUAGACUCUGAGACACAAGCAUGUGGUGAGGGCUACGAGUGCUCGGUGACGGUCGACGACGAGGACAGCAAAGUCAUAAUUUUCGACAACUGGAAACAGGACCUGUCCGCUCUACAGUGUGACGUGUGUAUCCUGGUCUUCUCGGUGACUGACAGGCGGAGUUUCCACCGCACCUCCCAGCUCCGCCUCCUCCUCAGGGAGGCCCAGCCACACACACCAAUCAUCCUGGUGGGCAACAAGAGCGACCUGGUCCGAUCCCGUGAAAUCAGCUCAGAGGAGGCCCAAUCCAGCGCCACGAUGUUCGACUGCGUCUACCUGGAGCUCUCAGCCUCCCUGGACCACGGUACCAAUGAGCUUCUGGAGGCAACCAUUCGGUCUGCAAGGGGCGACUGCGUGGGCCCAGGUUGGACCGACGGGGACCCGGGGGCCGGCCGCAGGGAGAGCCUGACCAGCCGGGCCAAACGCUUCUUGGCAGGGCUGGUACCGCGCACGUACGGCCGAGACCGCGACAGGGAUCGAGGCCGUUACCGGGAGAUGAGCCGCCACCGGGGCAGCAAGAUCUUCCGCCAGAAGUCUCGCUCCUGCCAUGACCUUAGUGCACUGUGACACACUGUGACACAUAUGUACACACAAGCAAAAAGACACUCCCACACACGUACACACAAAACCAGAGUGAAAGGUAUUGAGGGGGAGGAAAAUAUGAAAGAGGAGGAGAAAUGGGCAAAAUGGAAGAUAGGAGCAAGAAGAGGAAUGAGAAAACUUAGUUGUAAGAGUUGUAAAAUCAGAGUGGUUGAGGUAUAUACAUUUAGCUAUGGUAAGUAAAGGUCAAGGGAGAAGAAAAGGAGACAAGACUGGGAUAAAGAGAUGGUUAGAACUGAAAUCAUCCUGGAUCUAAGCACUCAAUCUUUAUCUUCUCCCUAUCGAUAGAACACAUUUUGAGGUCAGGAUUUAGAGAAGCAAGCAGAGAAACAGAUUAGGAAGUGACC